UUGUUAUUUGAGGAGUAAUUUUUUUCUGUCACGGUCGUCUUAAGAAUAUUCUAAUACUUAUAUUUAAAUCGGAGUAUAAUAAAUAGUUUAAAUACGCGAUAAUUCAAGAAAAUUAAUGAAAUGUUUGGAAAAAAGAAACCACAAGAAAACCAGAAACGCAGGCCUGUAGGACGGUCUUCUUUAGCCCAGUUUGGUCUCUUGGAUAUGCCUGAUAUUAAUGACAUCAGUGGCAUGAAUGAAGGAGGAAGUGAUGAUGACGAUGAGAGUCUUGAAGCAGAACUAGAAGCUAUUGUCUCAGGAAGUGCCCCAGCCAGGCAGCCUAGGCAACCAAAGACAGUUUCGGCUAUUGAAACAAUUGAUAAGCUAGCUGAAGAAUGCAUGAAGGAUGUAGAUAAUGAUGAAGAUGAUGAUGAUGAAAACCUUUCUGGUGAUGAAGAAUUAAUGUCUGAACUUACAACUCUGUCAUCCAGUAAAGAAUUGUCUGUAAAGGCUUCUGACCACACCCAUUCUCAGGCUAUUCAUGUACCAGCUGUUUCUAAGUUAGACCACUCACUGAUCUCAACUUUGGAGCAGAGAUUGUCCUCAUACAAAUCAGCUGAAAGUAAUGCCAAAACUUCAGGAGAUGGAUCACGAGCAAGGAGAUAUGGACGAGGAGUCAAGACACUGGAGGACUUGUUACGUGCAGCCAAAGCUGGAAAAAGUGUUAACGAAGAGGACAUUCCUCCUUCUAUUCAAAUUAAACCUGUUCAACCAGGAAAGGUAGAAAGUUCAGCAGUCCCUCCAGUUCAAUUAUCAAGAGAAACAGGGUCACCUUUUCAUGAAGGGGAAGUCAGUCAGUCCCUUAAAAACAGUGACCUUCCACCACCUCUACCACCCAAACGUCGCUCUGCACAGUUUGAACAGGGUUCUAGCAUUACAUCUGCAGCUCCUGAACCAAACAUUCCACCUUCAACAAAGAGUUCUGUUACCAAACAAGUUGAUACAACUCAUAAAAUGCUGUGCAGUCGAAGAGAUCAAUACAAAAUAUCAGCAUUAAAAGCCAAAAAAGCUGGAGAUAUGCCAAUUGCAAUGAAGUUCAUUAAGAUAGCAAAGCAAUUUGAUGAAGUGAUUGAUGCAGUGGAAAAAGGAGAUGCAGUAGAUUUAUCCAACAUGCCACCUUCUCCUCCUGAUUUCCAAGAAAAGAAGAUAGCUAACCCUCCUUAUAGAGCAGCUCCUCAACUUCCUGUGUCAUCCCAAGUUCAGCAGUCCUCAGACACAGUACAGGUUGAAGCUCCUGAUGAUCCCAGCUUAUUUAAAGCUCCACCUCCACCAGCAUCUAUUGAAGAAGCUCUUGAACAAAGACUAGAGAAAUAUCGCAGCACUAUGGAAGUUGCCAAAAAUGAAGGCCAAAAUAGUAAAGUUCGAAGAUUAGGAAGAAUAUGCAAGCAAUAUGAAGAUGCUAUUAAAAACCACAAAGCAGGCAAACCUACAAAUUAUGAAGAACUUCCUGUUCCUCCAGGAUUUGGUCCAAUACCUUUAGAGAAGGAAGAAAAUGGCUCCUCUUCUCAAAUAGUUCCCACUCCUCAUCCUGCAGCACCACCUAGAGGGCAAAAUACUCCUCAAGCAGUAAACAAACCACUGGUGACUCCAAGAAAUAAUACACCACAUUCCCAGCAAGGUGGAAGACCGGAUUUAUCCCACAAGAAAGAUAAGCCUCUUCAAAGAACUCAGUCUUCAGUCCUUGAUAAGCAGAUGAAAUUUCUUCUUGAUCGACAGCGAAUGUUUAAGCAAGCUGCACUUGAGGCCAAGAAACGAGGAGACAUACAACAAGCUAAGGAAUACCUAAAGAUGAGCAUGGGUCUGGAUCCUAUGAUAGAAGCUACCCGUUCUGGCCUUCCUAUUGACGCAACCAGUAUCCCCACACCACCUCAACUUCAAGAAGAUUUUGUUAUUGUGGAAGCCAAAGAUUGUAGCAUUACAGGAGAACCUACUGAUAUUGAAGAGAUGUACAGAAAACUGGAACGUGACUUGUCCCAACAAAUACAG